AUGGAACCAACCCCAACUUACUCGGACGCCUCUACCACCAAGUUUGAUGAUGACAAUUCUGCCAUCAUCACCACUGAGGAAAAAAUUAGAUUCGAGGAUGACUUGGAAACCGGUCGUUCUACCACUAGACGCAAGAGGAGAUUCUCGAUACACAGCAGAGAGAGCAAAAACACCAUUUUCACCAUCAAUGAAAAAGCUCAGCCUGAAGCGGUUCUUCCUGGUAUCUUCAAAACAAUUUCUCACAAGGUUGACAAUGAUCUUGAGAAAGAAGUUAACUUAGACAUCAACAGUACUCCUAACAAGUUCUCCAAGGUUGACUUUCAUACCACAUCUGCCUCCACAAUUGCUCAGAGGUUCGGAUCCAGUACUUCAUACGGUUUGUCCGACUCUCAAAAGGAGAAGUCCUUUAAGGAAUACGGUCCAAAUCUUCAAUCGAAGCCCCCUUCAGGUAUGGCAAAAAAAAUAUUCAUGCACUUCUUUGGUGGUUUUGGUGGUUUACUUGUGACUGGUGGUGUUUUAUGUUGCGUUUGUUGGAAGCCAUUGGGUUCGCCUCCAGCAAUUUCCAACUUGAUCCUAGGUAUUAUACUAUUUGUGGUCUUCUUUGCACAAGCUUUAUUCAACUUUUUCCAAGAUUUCUCGAGUUCGAGAGUUAUGGAUUCUAUUCACAACAUGAUUCCUACUGAAUGCUCUGUUAUCAGAAAUGGGCAAACUCUCAAAAUUGACUCCAAAGAUUUGGUUCCUGGUGAUCUUGUACUUUUCACUGCUGGUGACAAGAUACCUGCCGAUAUUAGAGUGACUGAUGCUUCACCUGAUUUAUCUUUCGAUAGAUCAAUUUUAACCGGUGAAUCCAACCCUAUUCCUGCUAGUUCCAAUAGCGAUCCGGAGAAAACCAACUACUUGGAAAGCAAUAGCAUUGCUAUGCAGGGUACUUUCGGUGUCAAUGGCUCUGGUCGUGGUAUUGUGGUUGCAACCGGUGACAACACCAUUUUCGGAAGUAUCGCCAAAUUAACUUCCAAGCCAAAGAAAGGAUUGACACCAUUACAAUAUGAAAUCGUUAGGUUUGUGGCUUUAACGAGCACAAUUAUCAUCGCAUUGGUUGUUUUGGUCGUAAUUCUUUGGGCUGCCUGGUUGCGCAAGAGCUAUCCUGACUGGAUCAAUGUGCCUUCAUUGAUUGUUGAUAUCGUCUCGAUUGCUGUUGCGUUUAUUCCAGAGGGUUUACCAAUUGCUUUGACCACUUGUUUAAUUAUUACAGCCAACCAAAUGAGGAAGAAUAAGAUUUUGUGCAAAUCUUUGUCUGUUGUUGAAACUUUGGGAUCUAUUAGCGUGUUGUGUUUCGAUAAAACCGGAACCUUGACAAAAAACGCUAUGGUUGUUACCAAUGUCUGCGAUGGUUUACAAGAACUUGAUAUCGACGAGGUAGAUCCCCACAGACCAAUUGAUAAUCACUUGAUUACAAUCGCUUCGCUAUGCACCGAGGCUAAUAUUGUUGCAGAAGUUGCAACCAACGGCAAUGCCACCGAUCGUGCUAUCCUUCAAUUCGCUCAUAACUCCAGUGGUUCUGUUGAUGCAUACAAGAACAGAUGGAAUAAGACUUUUGAAGUUGCCUUCAACUCCAAAGAAAAGUAUAUGGCUACUUUGUUGGAACCUAGUAGUCAAGAAGCCGACAUUUGGAAUGACAUUGGAUUCAAUGCAAACUGUAUCGAGUUCGAAAACGAAUAUUUAUUAACUGUCAAAGGUGCUCCUGAUAUUUUGUUGGAAAAUUGUGGAUUUGUUAUGGAGAAGAAUAAUACUUUAACUGUUUUGAGUCAGGAAUCAAAGCAACAUAUCGAGAAAAUCCAACACAACUGGUCAAGAAAUGGUAAGAGAGUCGUCAUGAUGGCUUCCAAAUUAAUACCAAAAGAUUCAUUGAAUUUGUCUGAUAGAUUGGAAACAGUGAAAUUGAUCAGGGAAGCUGUUAAAAGCGAUUUGAUUUUGGUUGGUUUAGUUGGUAUAGAAGAUCCACCAAGAAAAGAUAUCGAUAAAGUUAUCAACCAGUUGAGAGAAGCUGGUAUAAAGAUUAUCAUGAUUACCGGUGAUUUUGAGUUGACUGGUUUAUCUAUUGCUAAACAAUGUGGAAUUGUCACCACUGAUAAGGUUGACUCUGUGGACGACUUGUCAUAUGAGUUAAUUGAAAAUGUUGAUGAUAAUUCGAGGGCUAUAAGUAUUACUGGUCCACAGUUAAAACGGGUUAGUGAGGAGCAAUGGCAAAACUUAAUCCAGUACAACGAGCUAGUUUUCACCAGAACUACUCCAGAGCAAAAGCUUUUGAUUAUCAAACAAUUCCAAAAGUACAAGCAAAUCAUUGGUAUGACUGGUGAUGGUAUUAAUGAUGCCCCAUCUUUGAAACAAGCUGAUGUUGGUAUUUCAAUCAUCACAGCUUCCGAUAUUGCCAAAGAAGCUGCCGAUCUCAUUUUAAUGGAUGGUGACAACGAAGACCACUUAUUCUUUAGCAUCAUUCAGGCUUUGAAGUACGGAAGAUUGGUGUUUGAAAACCUUAAGAAAACCAUUGGUUACUUAUUACCAGCAGGCACCUAUGCAGAACUCUGGCCUGUGUUGUUGAACGUCAUCUUUGGUAUGCCCCAGAUGUUAUCCUCAUUCUGUAUGAUUAUCAUCUGUUGUGUGACUGAUUGUUUGGGGGCAAUGAUGUUGGCAUACGAAGAAGACGAGAGAAACUUGUUGAAGAAGAAGCCAAGAAGUGUUACCAAGGAGAGAUUGGUUGACUUUAAAUUAUUCUUGCAUUCCUACUUCACCAUUGGAACAUUUUAUACCUUCACAUCAAUGAUGUUGGCUUUCAUCAACAUGCAGAGAAGUGGAGUAUCUUUCAGCAAGCUCACAUUGUCGUACGGUUCGUACAGUACCAUUCCUGGAGUCAGCGAUGCUAUCAACGUCUCGUCGUCUAUUUACUUCAAUAACUUGGUGAUCAUGCAGCUCUUCAACUUGUUAUCCAUGAGAACUAGAUACUUGAGUGUGUUCCAACACUCGCCUUUGAGAAACUACCGGUUAUUUGUUAUCAUGCCAAUAGCAUUUGGUGUGACCUUCAUCAUAAAUUAUAUUCCUGCCAUCCAGACUACCCUUGGCUCCGGAAAAGUGCCUGUCGAAUACUAUUUCAUCUCGCUUGGUUUUGGAUUGGUUGUCUUAAUAUAUGACGAGUUGAGGAAGUUGGCCAACAGAAGAUAUCCCAGCGGGCCUCUCGCCAAGAUCGCCUGGUAG